UCGGUUGGAGUCACUCUAUAAAUGUCCCCGGGAGUUUCCGAAAUCCACACUCGGUGACUUCAACUGAACAAUGGUUAACAUGAGCUAUCACCAACCUCUACAAAAACACACGCAGACCCUGAAUCCGAAACAGCCGAGGAAAAGAAAUAAUAAAAAGAAAAGGAAUCAUUGGGACAAUAUACCGCCAACAACUCACAUUCAAACUUGAUUGUCAAGAGACACGUUUAAGGUCUGGUGUUCUAGGUGUGGGAGCAUAUCGUGUUGUGUCUGUGGAUAGCGACUGAUUGGUGCGAUGACUGCGGAGUGGCUGUGCCCCCCUGGCGUGGGGCCGACGUGUGGUGCAGAGUUGGAGGCGUGGUAUGAAGACCUACAGGAUAUACUGGGCUCCGACGCGGGCGGGGCCAAAGUCACGAGAGCCCCGCCUUGCUCCGAGAAGGAGCCAGAGUUUCUGGAUGUGUUGGAGAGCUGCUCGCUCACCUGGUUGACGGAGGGGCAGGUUUGGGGCGACGGGGUGCAACGGGUCACCGAUGAACCGCCCGUCGUCCAGUCGCCGCCGCGAAAGGGUGACCGGAGAGGCGGCGGCGACUCGGAGCACACCUCAUCCGGAGGAGACCUGCUUCCGCCAGAGUUCUUCGAGCUCCUCAGCGAGGGCGGCGUCGGGUCGGUGGAGACGAUGGUGACCGCCGGGUACCACAUUUCGCAUCACGCGCCUCCGUCGCCAUCCACGAGCGAGGAGGAGCUCCUGACGGUCCCAGACACAUCGUCAUCCUGCUCCUCGGCGUCCUGCUCGCCCUUCCUCAACCGCUCCCCGCCGCCAUCCCCUCCUGCGCGACCAGGAAAGAGAAAGCGGGCCGGUGACAAAGGAGGAGGCACGCUGUGCUCCCCGUCCCCCGGGAAGAAGAGCCGACGGGAGCGUAAUGAAUGA